GCUUCUGCACUGCAAGUGUGAAAGGUCAGGUCAGUCGUCCUUGUGAAAAGGAGAUUUUUACUCACGUGUGUCUAACUUUUCCGUCGAUUUUGAAGCAAAGAUGGAUUUCAGCAGCCCUCCCGCCGGCGGAUCUGGUGUAAACAGGGAUGAACUCAUGGACCAAGUCAAGUCCCAGAUCGCAAUCGCGAACGCACAAGAAUUAUUGCAGAAAAUGUCAGACAAAUGUUUCAAGAAAUGCGUGACCAAACCAGGAACUUCUCUGGACAACUCAGAACAGAAGUGUAUAGCGAUGUGUAUGGACCGGUACAUGGAUGCCUGGAACAUUGUCUCCAGAACUUACAGCACGCGGUUACAACGGGAGAGAGGCAAGAUCUGAGGGGAGGGCAUGUUAUCAUCAUCAUCACUCACCAGUCACCGAGCUGUACCACCAUCUUUUAAACCAUUCAUGGUGCCAGUCUGGACUCUGUUGUUUAUGUAGACAAACUCAUUGUAAGACUUAAGUAAAGGCAGGGCUUCAAACAAUGAAUCCUCUUGAGUCUUGACCAAGUCAUACUUUUUCAGUAGUCUCUACCAGGCUUUAGGAAGCGGCUGAAAAGAGAAGAAAUUGGCCAAAUAGACAGAUUAUGCCAGGGGAGUUGGUCCUUGCUAAGAGAACAGUUUGCCACUCGCUUUGGAUAGCCUCUACUACUGAAGCCUGGCAGAGGCUACUUUUUUAGGCUUUUCAUAGACUCAAGAGUUUCAAACAAGUAACAUUACAUGAUUCUCUAAUAAUGGUGCCAGUUAGAGAUUACCGGUAUACUUGAUACAUGUACAUUUGUACACUGUAGUUGAUAUUGAUACUCAGAUUCUGUGUGUUACAAUGUGGACACUUGCCAUGAAUGUGUAUUCCAAACCGUGAUGUUGAUUUUAUGGCAGUUAGACACUGGGAAACAUUUUUGCCAAACUUUUGUUACCAUUAGACUACUGAUUAAAGAUAUUGACCAGAAUGCACCUUUGAAGUAUGUUCUGGGAAUAAAAAGUAGAGACUUUUGAUACUCAGUAUUCAGGGCUAGAUUCAUGUUUUAGGACUACCAAGAACUGGUAGAAACUGUCCUUGCUUAUACAGAUGAUCAUGAUUUUGGUAAGUUUUUUUCUUCAGAAAUGGUCAGUAA